AUGUCGUUCGAAGAUAAUGGUACCUCGAACAUAACACAGGCGUUAUCGAAUUUAUUCGAAGAAAUGUUAACUGCGACGGAGGACUCUAACGAAAACAAAAGUUUCAACGUUUCUAAGUUUAUAACAGCACUCAAAGAUAAAUCUACGAAGAAUGCCCAUGAUUCGAUUGACUUCGGUACACUGGUGAAGUUAGUGGACGGGUGGCGCUCUAAACUAAAUCUCACUAAGCCGGCUGAGCCGCUUUGCACCUAUUGCGACGGGGAUAUUCGAGACGUAAUUCUGGCAUAUAACAGAAUACAUGGAUACGUCAGCUUAAUUGUAUGCUUGUUCGGUAGCUUGGCCAACGCGCUGAACGUUGCGGUUCUAACACGACGCGACCUUGCAGCGGCUCCUAUUAACCGCUUGCUGAAAUGGUUAGCGGUUGCAGAUGUGUUUGUUAUGAUGGAGUACGUUCCAUUUGCUAUAUACAGAUACCUUAUACUGCCCGGCCAGCGUGAAAUGCCGUACAAUUGGGCAGCCUACCUCCUCUUCCACAUGCACUUCACUCAGAUAUUCCACACCGCUUCCAUAUGCCUCACUCUCUCGCUAGCUAUUUGGAGAUACGUCGCCAUUAAGUACUCAGACAGAAAUCAUAUUCUCUGCACAGAGAGGCGUUGCAGCAUCGCCAUACUGAGCAGUUUCAUUUUACCCCCUAUACUUUGUAUACCUACGUUUAUGGUAUUUGAUGUCCAUACUACUGUAGUACUAGAACCUAACGGACCGAUGAUUCUGUACCACGUAGAUUCAGACGAAGAAGGUCAAAUGUACCAAAUAAACUUUUGGGUACAUGCUGUGGUCAUAAAGCUGUUACCAUGUUUCAUACUAACUGUUAUCAGCUUAUGGUUAAUCAGAGAGGUGUACAGCGCUAAUGAGCAUCAAAAACGAAUUCGAGUUUACAACACGUGCUCUACAAGCGACAAAUUAUUAAAACGUCAAAAUAAAGGAGACAAAAGGACAAACCGAACCACAAAGAUGUUAGUAGCCGUGUUACUAUUGUUUUUGGUGACGGAACUACCCCAAGGGAUUUUGGGCCUUUUAAGCGGUGCUUUGGGACGAUGUUUCUUUAAGCGAUGCUACGAUCUGUUUGGUGAAUUAAUUGAUGCACUAGCAUUACUGAACGGGUCUAUUAAUUUCGUUCUGUACUGCUCCAUGUCAAGACAGUUUCGGAUGACAUUUAGACAGAUGAUGUGGCGAGCACAUCUUCAUCAAUGGCCACCACCGCAAGCAUCUCAUUCGGAUGGUUUGAACACAGCAAAAACAUCGAUUCCUUGAAACAGGAGAACUCAAGAGAGGCAGGCGUAUGUUUUACAACAAUUUGUAUAAAAAUUUAACUUUUAAACAAAGGUGUACAAAUAUUACAAAUUGUUGUCAAUCAAAAUUGUUUAAAAUGUUUAAUUAUUUAUGUUAAAAAAUUUAUAACUUUACAAUAAUUUAUAAAAUUGUAUUCAGUGCAAAUGUACUUGUUUAAGAAAAUACCUAUAAAAUUAAGUAUUGAUAUUUAUUUCAGGAUAACUAAAGUAAGAAUCUAGUCAUAGAUUGUAAUUAGAAAUAAGGAAAAGACUUUAAUAAGUAAUAGUUUCAAGGAGAUAGAUAUUGAUUUCGUACACCAACAAAAAUAUGAGCUUCAAUUGCUUCAAUAAAUACGUUAAUGAAUUUGUUACGUUUUCAUUUACUACAGUCAGAUAUGUUAAAUAUAAAAAUAAAAAUGCUGUAGAAAAAAAAAAUAUGAAUAACAUGAUAGUUAUUAAAAGUGUGUCAGAAAUGCUCGAAGUUUAUCGAUUACAAAAAAAUAAGCAAAUCUUUCUUGUUCGUAAAACCAGAACUAGGAUUAAAAAACACCCUUACCCAUUUAGGAAUAUGUUUUGACAUUAUGACCUUCCAAAAUCUCUUCUUUGUUAUAUACAUACAACGUGUUGCUGCGUAGAAACGAAACAUUUCGUUUAAGUGGAUUGAACACUUUCUUAAAGGUUAAGUUAACUCAUUCUACCAAAUCUUUAUUUUUCUUUUAAUAUGUUAACAGCGCUGGGCCAGGAUUCAAUUGCAAAACGUUACAUAAAUAAAUCAUUGAUUUUUAUUG